AUGGAUCCUGAAUUAUCAUUAUAUAUUGAUAAAGCACAACUUGACGAUGAUGAGACUCGCCUCAUAUUCAAUCCUCCUUGUAAAAUCUAUUCACAAAUAAGUGGAUUUAUUUCGCCUAAUCCUAAUAAUGUUAAUUCCAUAGGUAUCCCAAAAUCACAAAACUCUUUUUUCUUAUACCGCAAAAAUUAUACUGCUAAACAUAAAUCUUCUAGGAGUAAAAAGGAUUGGAAAAUACUUUCAAAGGAAGCCGGCAAUGCCUGGAGUAAUGAAUCGAACGAAGUGAAAAAUUACUUUAAAGUAUUAGCAAAACUGGCUCUUCAAAAACACAAAUUAACUUAUGAAAAUAUACUAUUAAAAAAUUAUAACAAUAAUUUUUCAACUUCGCUAUUACCUUAUCCACAUUCUUCUUCUUUCUCUUCAACUUAUCGUUACACGAACGAUAAUACAAGUUCGUCUUAUCAACGACUAAAGCUACAACAGAAACAAAAGGAUAAUUUAAAUAAUAAAGAUUGUGCACCCUCAUCACCUCACCUGUAUUCUAAUUUUCCUUGCACAAGCGAUAAUACAAAUUCGCCUCAUUUUAUGACUCGACAACCAGAAAUAAAACAAAAACACCAAGAUAACCUUCAUAAUAAUGAUUCAACAUCAUCACUUUAUUCACAUUCUAAUUUUUCUUGCGCCAAUGAUAAUACAAAUUCGCCUCAUUUUAUGACCCAAAAAUCAGAACUAAAACAAAAACAAAAGGAUGGCUUUCAUAAAAACAAUAAUAACGAUUGUGCAUCUUCAUUACCUCAUCUACAUCCUACUUUUUCUUACACAAGUGAUACCUCGCUUCAUUUUGUGGCUCAACAACCAUUAAUACAACAAAAACAAAAAACCAAUAUUUAUAAAAACAAUAAUAGCGAUUCAUCGUCAGAACCUCAUUUACAUUCUAAUUUUUCUUGCGCCAAUGAUAAUACAAAUUUGCCUCAUUUUAUGACCCAACAACCAGAAUUAAAACAAAAACAAAAGGAUGGCUUUCAUAAAAACAAUAAUAACGAUUGUGCAUCUUCAUCGCCUUAUCUACGUCCUACUUUUUCUUACACAACACCUCAUUUACAUUCUACCUUUUCUUAUACAAGUGAUAGUACAAACUCGCCUCAUUUCGUAGCUCAGCAACCAGAAAUACAACAAAAACAAAAGGAUAAUUUUUAUAAGAAAAAUAAUAAAGAUUCUGUAGUUUCAUCAUCAUCUCAUCUGCAUUCUACUUUUUCUUGCACAGGUGAUAAUGCAGAUUUGCCUCAUUUUAUGACUCAACAAUUAGAAUUGCAACAAAAACAAAAAGAGGAUCUUCUUCAUAAAAACAAUAAUAACGAUUAUGCAAUUUCGUCAUCAUCUUAUUCAUAUUCUACUUUUUCUUAUAAAGAUGAUAUUUCAUCAUCGUCUUAUCCACAAUUUAUUUCGUUUUAUUUUGAUACUAAUGCUGAUUGGAAUACAAUUAUUGACUACUUCCGAUUUUAA